AUGGAAGCGAACCCAACCCCGUCAAAGCAAAAUGUAGCAAUACAAAAGAACACCUUAGACGCAAAAUUAUUCAAGGAUAAUCAGUAUAAUGAGGGAAAAAUUAAGCACAACAAGAAUUCACUUAUUUUGAGUAAACAGUUUUAUGGAAUAAUUGGAGGAAUUACAGUUGGAAUUUUAGGGAUCCAAGGCACGUAUGGUUUUUUGUUCUUUUCCAUAUUCACCCUAAUAGGGACAUUAAUGACCUACUCUCAUAUCAGAACAGACUUUAAGUCUUUUUUUAAAAAACCUUCUGACGUUUUCUGCCGUGACUUUUUCAGUGGAUUGAUAAAAUACUUCCUAAAUACGAUAAAAGAAAAAUUAGGAAACAACUCUACUAACACCAGCGUAUCUAGUAAGUAUGAAUCCAUUUUUAUCAGUGGCAUUUUUUGGCUUCUAAGCGGGCUCACAAUAAUAAGGAAGAAGAGAAAGAGCCUUGAUGAGGUGCUUGACAGGAAGGUAAUAGACGCCCUCUACUCCAUAGUAAUGCAGUGUUUGGAGAAAAGAAAAAUUAAGCAAAAAUACAUUUACAAGUUAAAAAAGGAAAAGUACUUUUUAUCAAAUGAGGAUAUUGAACAAAUAGUUAGUGCAUCUAAAAGUGGGUCUAACCGUUUGUACGCUGUAGGGUGUUCCAGAGGAGAAGACACUGGAUUAUCAUCCCAGUGUAAAAAUAUCCCGAGUGAACAUAAAAGGACGUGCGACGAAAAGGCAGUUUUAGUGGAAGAAAGGAAUGCCAAACGGAUAGGUACCCCCAAAUGUGCAAAUGGAUUGGAAGGGGAAGAAUCUAACAGAAUGGUGAAAACGACAAGUGUGGGCAAAAGGAAAAAAAGGACAUUCCAUCUAUGUGGAUUCAGUCCAUGCAAGAAAAGCGCUUUGUACGAGGCGAAUGUAAUAUCAACCCUAAGCGCCAUCCAAGUAUUAUUUUUAUUGAACAAAAUAAGUGAAGAAGAUAUAAGCACGAAAAUGAUCCUGGAGAUGUACAAUUUUGUUUACUUUCUUUUUGAUGAGAAGAAAGGUUUUUACCACUUCUCACUGAGUAGUGUUAGGUUUCAAUUCGAUGGCGAUACGCGUUUCAUGUUCUGUGCCUUAUCAGUUUUACAUUUUGUAUCACUCCUGUUGAAGAAGAGAAAUGUUCCUAUCCGUUUGUAUAACAAUGACGAGAAAUGUGCCCACUGGAUAUUAACCUGUUUCAACUUGGAUGGAGGUUUUUCGAAUAUCCCAGGGGCAGAGUCACAUGCAGGCACAACUUUUUGUGCCAUCAAUUCUUUAAACAUGUUGAGGGUCAGAGGAACUGAAAACUACUUAUCACAUAAUGGCCUUUUACGGGGGAAACUAAUUAGAUGGCUCUGCGAUAGGUAUGAGAACAUGGGCAUUAACGGACGUGUUGGAAAGGACCACGAUGUGUGUUACGCGUGGUGGGUUUUAGGAAGUUUAGUUGCCCUGAGAACAAAUUUAACUAAAUUGUUCAAUGUAAAUAUUUUAAUUACUUUCAUAUUGACAUGCCAAGAUAAACAGAAGGGAGGUUUUUCAAGAACGGCAUUUAAAAACAAUGAGGAUAGAAAUAACCUCUUUAAUUUUUAUGAAGAGAAAAAUUUAUCACAUCAAGAGACGGACCUCUUUCAUAGUUUCUUCGCCUUAUGUGCUCUGUCACUUAUAUAUAACAAUUUUUGUUAUUAUAAAAAGAAGCAAAGAAAGAAAUUUCCGUUGUUUGGUCGGGAUGUAAUUCCACAACAAUUAGAGUCCAGUCUCACCCAGAUGGUCAACCAGAGGUUGAACAACUGCUUAAAAAAAGCGACGCACCCUUCCUGA